CUUCAGUCCCACACUCCCAACAGCUUGUUCUCUCUUCUCUUUCAGUAGUCUACAACUAGGGAAAGCUUUCAGCUUCAGAAUCCAUCACUUUCCAUCGUCUAGCAUCGAAAUCAACAUGGCUAUUGUCUACGGAUUGCCCACAGUGGCUUCCACAGUAGCAGCAGCGCUUGCAAUUAUCGCUAUCAUUCUUGGAGCGCUGUCCUGGUCUCGUACAGCUUCACUUUACCUUCCCCUUCCUGAUUGGGUUCCAGCCAUCGCCACCCUCUUCCCUCCUCUUACAGCACUGGCACUGUAUCUUGCCAAUCAACUCGCCCAGCCAGCUGCAGAUAACCGCCAGUCAUCUAGCCCUUGGCGAAGACUCUUUCCCGUCAUCAACCACCUCCAAUCCAUCAUAACCACAGUCAUCGCCACCGUGGCCCUCGCCUAUCUGUACCCAGAGAGCAUCACCACUUGCCGACUAGAGCAGGAAUGGCAGUCAUACUUCCGCGCGAAAGAUGCUCAACCGAUCCGUGCUAUUCAAGACGAAUUCCGCUGCUGCGGAUUCCGGAGUAUCCAUGACCGAGCGUGGCCGUUCAAGGAUAAGACCACCGGGGAUGAUGCUUGUGAGGUACAAUUCAAUUACGGGACAAGCUGUCUGGUCCCGUGGAGACAGCAGCAACAGAGUGCUUCAUGGAUGGUUUUUGCAGCUGCUAUCUUGACUCUACUCAUGAAGGUUGCAUUAUAUCAGGCCCUGCGUCAGCGACCGAGCUGGAUGACAAUGCAAUUUGGCAGACAGGCACGCAGUCAGCAGCGGAUCACGCACGCUGCGCUGGAGGACGAAGACGCCAAUGAUGACGCGGAGGAGGGGCAGCGGGGAGCGUUCCUGCCUCGUGCGGGUCCAAGGUUUGACAAUGAGUGGAAUGAUCGCAGGAUGUAUGGUCCGUUAUCAACGAAGGUGCCGAGGCCUCUCGCAUCAAGCCAUGCAGUGGAUAUCUCCCAUGCCUCACCACGUGACAGUUGGACAUGUUACAACGUGUUCCCCGCGAUGGGCUCCAAAACCCUAGGCCUGAAGAAGUACUCACCGCGGUCUCGAACAGGGUGCCGGACGUGUCGUGCACGACGGAUUAAAUGCGACGAGACACCAGGACCAUCAUGCAAGAACUGCACGUCGACAGGUCGUACUUGCGACCGGUCCCCGCAGUUUCAGCUCCCCAUAAAAUCGCGCCUUCGACACGCUAGUCACCUGCACAACUACAUUUCCACCAACCUGCCCGGUAUGACAGCCGAUGAGCGCCGCUGUCUCGCCUUAUUUCAGACAUAUACGAUGCCCAUGCUGACCGGGUUAUGUGAUUCGGAACUCUGGCAACGGCUCGUGCUACAGAUGAGUCAGAUGGAGCCGGCAGUUGGACACGCUGUCGCAGCGCUGGGCGCAUUCCACGAAACUACGACUGUGGGUGUAGCUGGUAUGAACAACGAUUAUCGGCUCUUUGCACUGGAGCAAUACGGGCGCGCGAUUGGAGUGCUUCGCCGCCGUCUUGCAUCCGGGUCCGGGGAUCCCCAGCUACGGAUUACAGCGUUGGUGUGUUGUGUGAUCUUUGUGGUGCUAGAGUUAUUGCAAGAUAAUUAUGGAAACAUAUUGGUGCAUCUGAGAAAUGGGAUAUACAUCCUUAUGAAUGAGACUGGCCCGAAAGCGAGGGAAGCAAUAUUCAAAUCCCUUCCCGCUGGUGCGAAAAAUGAUAGUGAGCGAGAAGAGGAUGCGGUUUUCACGCAUAUGUUUGCGCAGUUGACGGUCCAGGCAGCGCAUUUCAGCGAGGAUUCCGUGAUGAGGUUGCAACCAUUGGAUGCGCAUCUCUCCACGGUCCAUUACGACAGUAUAGAAAUUCGCAGUCUAAUUGAAGCAAAGGAUACGUUGGACCCGUUGAUUGAUAGCAUGGUGCGCUUCUGGACGCGCUGCGAAAUAGAGCUUCGAGAUCGCUCCGCAGAUCAUUAUCCUCUCUAUGUCGAGCAACAACGGCAAUACAGUAACAUAAAACGCCAUAUCAACGCCUUUGAGACAUACGUGUCCCAAGCCCAACACUACUCACCCAAGGAAACUCGAGCUAUCGAUACAAUCCGCGUCAGUCACAUCGUCAUGAGUACCUAUAUCGCCACCUUCAUGGAUCUCACCGAGACCAUCUACGACCGAUUCCUAGCACGAUGGACCCGAGCCGUAAUUUUGACAGAGCAGAUCGUCGCCAGUCUUCAAACGGAAUACGCCCACAAGCAACGGCCACUUCCCAACGUCAUCUCCGAUAUUGGGGUCUUCGUCCCAUUGUUUUCGGUAGGGAUCAAGUGCCGCGAUGUGGGUAUCCGAGAGCGUGUGUUGAGGUUGUUCCGCACAUGGCCGCAUCGUGAAGGACUGCAUGACUCAAUGUCAUACUUAUACAUGGUGCGGGAAAUAGCGAAGCUGGAAGGGGAGGCAGCCGAUGCUAAUGGGUAUGUGCCGGAGAAGGCGAGGGUGCGAACGAUGAUGUUUGAAAAGGUUGGAGAUGGAAAGAAUGCGGUGCUACACUACGCGUUAUCGGAUCCAGAGGCGAAAGAAUUGGUAAUGAGGAGAAGAGUUUUUGUAAUGGAUGAAUUGAUAUAA